AUGAGCACGGAUUCUGAAUUACAGGCCAAAUACGAUGCCGCCGUCGAGCGUUACCAAGCUGCCAAACAGGCCGAAGCAGCUGCUAAGAAGGAAGUGGAUGAGAAAGAGGCUUGGGUACGGAAAACACAGGAGGGCACCAAAGAGCAUUAUUUCGCUUGGGCGGAGGUGUGGAAUGCAGAAGUAGCUCUUAUUGAAAUCGUUGAACAAAGAUAUGCUGCUGAGUACGAGAGAGAUUUGUGCUAUGCAGAUUGGAUGAAAUACAAGCACGGAGCUGACUCCAAGGAAGCACAAAUAGCCCAGCAUAGCGCAGAGUUGGCUCGCACAAAAGAGUUUAUUGACACCCAUUACCCUCUAUAUUGGAUAAAAUGGGAUAAGUUGGAUAACAUAGCUCUAUGUGUGUAUUAUCAUCUUAAGGCAGAAGGUUAUGUCAAGAUUGCAGAUGAUCUCGAAAGGGCACAAGAU